AUGACGACUCCGCCCCCCGAUUAUUAUGCGAUUCUAGAAGUCCCCGAAAAUGCACCACUGGAUCGAAUCCGAGACGCAUAUAAAAGAGCCGCGCUCAAGACGCACCCCGAUCGCGUCCCCGACGGCUCGCCGGACCGGGCCGAGCGCACGCGCAAGUUCCAGCUCGUCAACGACGCCUACUACACGCUGUCGGACCCUUUGCGCCGGCGCGAGUACGAUGCGCAGCGCAAAAUCUUCAACCGCGCGCCGUCGAGCGAUCCCUUUGCCGAGGCCGACGACGACGCCCCGCCCGGCUACUCGGCCGGCACCGGCCCGUACUCGUGGGCGUGGAACUUCUUCACCAAGGGCAACGGCGGCGGCGAGCGCGAGAGAACGGAGAAUGCCCAGUUCCGCGACGUGUUUGAGGAGAUGAUGCGCGAGCAGGGCAUGGCCGAGGACGGGUCGAACCGCCCCACGAACAAGUUUUGGAGCAUCGUGGGAGGCGUCAGCGGCGGCGCGCUGGGAUUCAUUGUCGCCAACGUGCCUGGUUUGGUGGCCGGCGCCGUGGCGGGCAACCGACUCGGCGCGGUGCGGGAUGCAAAGGGGAAGAGCGUCUUUGCCGUGUUUCAGGACCUUCCGCAGGACGACCGAACAAGGCUGCUCAGCCAGCUUGCAGCCAAGGUGUUUAGCCACGCGACUGGAAUUUGA